GACAAGUUUUGGAUAACCAGAGUCGGGCUCCUUGGCGUUUGUCAUCUAUAACAGAUUUCUUCUGGUCGAUAGCAGAUUUUGUGGUUCUGUUUUUCCAGAGCAUUAUUCAACCAGAUUUGCGAAGAAGAGGCUACACAUCUUCCUCCUAUUCAGGAUACAAUGACGGAAGAGGGCCUCCAGCACAUCCUCGCCGUAGGAUGGGUCGAGUAAAUCACUGGGGUGGAGGCCCCAGUCCACCACCAAUGGCUGGAGGUGGAUGAGGAAGGUAAACGCCUGCUGAAGAGGCAGGCAAAAGCAUACACAUUUGCAAGAUGAAAGGGAAGAAGAAUUCAGUGGCGGACCAAAUGAGUUUGGAUGUUGUGGAUGUGUAUGUCUAACUAUAAACUGUUCUGUGAUACAAGCAGAUUAAUGAAGUUGUACUGGGAACUCCUUCUUCAAGGAUCCAGUGUAACUGAACUACAGUUUUAUUAAAUACAUGUUUACUGUCUAAAGUCUUUGUAUAGUUUCUGAACAUUUUACUGUAGUUUGCAAAGUAAUAAGUAAAUUAUAUUUGGGUUGUCACAA